AUGCGCUAUGACAAUAUUGAGGUGCUAACGGGGAGCAACUUUAAAAAUUGGAAGUCCCACGUUGAAAUGAGUUUGGGGGUUAAUGGACUCGAUUACGCUCUCAGGGAAAAGAAACCUAAGCCUCCAACUCCUGGAGUUGCUGGGUAUGAUGACCUUAUGAAAGCUUAUGAAAUAAAGCUGGAGAAGUGGGACAAUUCAAAUCAUGUCACCUUCCUUGUUAUGAAAACUUCAAUCUCCCUUGAUAUCACCGGGGCUCUCCCCGACAAGGGCACUGCUAAAGAAUUUCUUAAAGCAGUUGAAGAACAAUUCAAAAGUUCGGAAAAUGUAUAUUCUCGAGAGCUUCUUGGCAAGCUUCUUGAGAAGUAUGUGAUUGAAGAAAAUGUAAGAGGCCAUAUCUUGAGGAUGGUGAAUGCAAUUUCGAAGCUUAAGGCUUUGGAGUUUGUCCUUAAUGAAAAUAUCCUAAUCCUCCUGAUAUUAGAGUCUCUCACUCCAGAAUUUGAUCAAUUCAAGAUCAAUUACAAUUCCCUGAAAGAAAAAUGGUCGCUCCCGGAGAUGACUCCUCGAGUUGUUGAGGAAGAACAGAGGAUCAUGAAACAGGCAAAGGACCAGGCUUUCCAUGUUGGCUCUUCCAAGAGAAAGCAUGACGGCCAGGCAUCUUCCUCAAAGGCUCUAAAGAAGCAAUUCAUCCACAAUGAUACUCAGACUGCUCCAAAGGGCAAAGGCCAGGCUGCCAACACCUCUGCUGGAGAUGCGAAGAAUACUUGCCAUUUUUGCAAGGACGUAGGACAUUUCCGGAAGAAUUGCCCCGGAUUUCUCAAGUGGAUGAUGAAGAGAGGGAUUAAGUUUGAUCCGCACCAUAAGGACAAGAACAAGAAGUAUUAA